GAGAAACGCGUAGACACUAGCAAUCAUGCGCCGUCGCAUAGUGAUGACGUUUUACGCCAAUCUUUACCCUUAAAUACAAACGCCAACCCACUGGAACAAGUCACAAGAGCUUGAGACCAGACGCUGCAGACAAUGGCACAGGCGGCAGACUCCAUCCUGCACAGCGGCUACUUCCACCCGACUCUCAGAUACUGGCAGACGUGUGCAUCAGACCUUAGACCUGACAAUCUCAUCUACCCCAUCUUUGUCACAGACAGUCCAGAUGCAGUGGAACCUAUUGCGAGCCUGCCAGGACAAGCAAGAUACGGUAUUAAUAAGCUAGAAGGAAUGUUGCGUCCGCUGGUGGAAAAAGGCUUGAGAUGCGUACUGAUUUUUGGAGUUCCUGCCAAAAUCACAAAGGAUGAUCGUGGCUCUGGAGCUGACACCGAUGACACUCCUGCUGUUCAAGCUGUGAAGAAACUGCGAGCUCUGUUCCCUAAUCUGGUGCUGGCUUGUGACGUGUGUCUCUGUCCGUACACGUCCCACGGUCAUUGUGGGAUCCUGCGUGAAGAUGGCACCCUGGAUAACGCAGCGAGCUGUAUGAGACUAGCAGAGGUGGCACUGGCGUACGCACGUGCUGGUUGCCACAUAAUCGCCCCGUCUGACAUGAUGGAUGGACGGAUCGCGGCCAUUAAGCAAACACUCAUAUCCAAUGAUCUUGGUAACAAGGUGUCAGUGCUGAGCUACAGUGCCAAGUUUGCGUCCUGUUAUUACGGCCCUUUCAGGGAUGCCGCUCAGUCCAAGCCAGCUUUCGGAGACAGACGAUGCUAUCAGUUGCCCCCUGGUGCCCGGGGACUUGCUCUGCGAGCCUGUGAGAGAGACGUGAAAGAGGGAGCCGACAUGCUGAUGGUGAAACCAGGGUUGCCUUAUCUUGAUAUUCUGAGAGAGGUUAAAGAUAAGCACCCGACACAUCCGCUGGCGGUGUAUAACGUGUCCGGAGAGUUUGCGAUGCUGUGGCACGGAGCACAGGCCGGAGCCUUCGACCUUCGUACAGCUGUCCUGGAAUCCAUGACCGCCUUCCGUCGGGCAGGAGCAGACAUCAUCAUUACUUAUUACACUCCUCAGCUGCUCACGUGGCUUACAGAGUGACAGGCGAACCAUCCUCAAAGAUUACUUCUGCUUUAUUCCAAAGGCUUUGCAACACAACGGGCAUUAAGAGUUGAUGUUAAAGAGACGAGUCACUGAAUUCUUUCAUAGAAAUGAUGAUUUUUUUUUUUUUUUACAUUGAAGUUCUUUGUGAGGAAAAAAUAUGCAAUAUAACGUAAUCCUGUCUAUUGUUACUGAGCUGUGAUGAUCAAAAAGUAAAUAUAGCAAACUAACACAUUCUGUUAGCAUUUAACAUGAUUACACGUCUUUGAUUUUUUUUUUAAAGCAUCUUUCAAAAAAUUUCAUUAAAUUAUUGAUGCAUAAAGUUAUACAAAUUAUGUUCAAACGUAAAAGAAUGCUUUUGUGUCGAUUCUGUCAAUUGAAUAAACACCAAUUUGUUUUGUAAAGUGA